CGCAGGAGAAGAAAUAAGAGACGUGGGAUCUGUCAUACUCGAGCAUGAUACAGCCCACAGACGCACCGGGUCGAAUUCUGCUGCGAUAGUCUGUGGUAAGGAUGUGACGGCAGCUGCCGUCCUCCAUCGUUGUCAACAUUGAGAGCUUUAACCAUGCGGCUCACCUCUUCUUUACGGGGAGCUUCUCUUCUUGCAGCAUUUGGAUGCUCAGUGGCCGGACAAGUUGAAAGAGCUCGGCUUGUUCUUCCAGGUGAGAAAGGCAAUCCUAAUAUCACUUCCUGCGGCCGAGUUCGAAUUUCGUAUCCGCCUAUGCAGCUUAGAAAGCCAGCUCGAAUUACGGGCUUUCAGAAAACACGAGACAGUGCAAAUCAGUAGAGCAAGUCAUCACACUGUCGUAACGAUUUGAUAGUGCGCAACAAAUCAACAAGACUUUUUCUCGUGCGCUACCAG